AAGAGCGCGGGGGAAGGUUUUUGUUGUGCGCCGCGGCGGCUGUGCAGGAUGGCGGCGCCCGCGGGGGGCUGCCUGUGGCGAGUACUGGCUCCGAGUCGCCGGUGGAUCUUCCACGGGCUCGACCAGCGCCUCGCCGCCGCCCCUGCCUCGGUGAGCGCCGCGCCGCCCGUCCGCUUCUACGCCGCGGCAGCCAAACCUGCAAAAAAAGGUUCACAAAAGACCAAGAAGGAAGAAACAAAAAAGAAAGGCACAACUAGGAGGAGGCCACUGAUGAGCAAACCUGUGGAUGAUGUCUACUUGACGUGGCUUUACAAGAGACCAUCCUAUGAUUUGGAAGAGGCUGUGGGUAUGCUAAAGAAGUUUCAGGAGCUGGACUUCACUAACCCCAGGCAGUACGUCUAUAUUAACGUGUUCCUAGAUAUGGAACUAAAGAAGAAGAAAAGAGUGGAGCAGUUUUCAAGCACUGUUCUCCUUCCACAUCGCUUCACAGAUGAAAUCAAUAAAGUCUUGGUUUUCACAGAGAAUGAGCAAGAAGCUGAAAUAGCUCGAGACAAUGGAGCUGCUGUUGUGGGAGGACUUGAAUUAAUCAAAUGGAUUUUGGAAGAUGAAAUCCAAGUGGAUGCUUAUGUAGCUGUUCCUGAAAUAAUGCCUAAGCUGAUACCGCUGAGGAACAAACUGAAACGGAAAUAUCCAAACACAAAGAGAAAUUCCCUGGGCCAUGAUAUUCCCCAAAUGCUGAAACUCUACAAAGAAGGUCUUCACUACUCGGUAAAAGAUGAGGAUGUCAUCGAGACAAGAAUAGCAAGACUGGAUAUGCCUGCUGAACAGAUCAUUGCCAAUCUAAAAGUCAUUAUCAAUGAUAUCUGCACAUUCAAGCCAUCAACUUAUGAUCCUAUAGUGCGGAGCUUGGUUAUUAGAUCUGCAAGCAGUGAAGGUUUGCUGUUGAAACUUGAUGGAAUUCUACCUCAGGUGGAGAAAGAAGGAGAGGAAGAAAACGCAGAAGAUGAUGAAGAACAACCUGCCCAAUAAUUUGUUAGUAUCUGAUGUCUUUCCUUUUAGAUCUGAUGACCAACUUGGGAAGCAAAUGGUGUCACUGAAAUCUUUAAGAAAGGAAACAUAAAUCUGAGUGGGGAUUUUUUUCCCCUCUUGUAAAUUCUGUGCAACACCAAACAUCCCAGACAGGAGUCUGCUGUCAAGACUGAAGAGGUUUUUAAUUCCCUCUUUUGGUAGCUGGGAGCAGAUCGUUUGUGUGGUUUGUGGUGUUGGGUUUUUUUUUGUCUUUUCAUGUAUUUCUUACUUUAAUAAAAGUAUUUAACUUCUGAA